GCGCAAUCAUGCACGUCCUACUCUCACUUUCUACACCAACCUUUAUGCAACAAAUCCAUCUACUAAAUUAUCUCCACUAAUAUUUAUUUAUUUAAACUCUUCUUCUUUUCUUCUGUGGUGGUGACAUAGUUUUCUUCAUUUGAGUAAAAUAUUCACACGUUUCAUUUUAUAUUCAGUGAGGAGAUAGGAAUAGACACAACCCCCAGAGAAGAUAAACAAAGAAAGAUGAUGAAUGAAGCAGCCAUUAAUCUAUUAUGAGCAGGAGUUGAGAUUUCAGAAUAAGAGAGUGUACCUCUGAUCUAAUGGUAACUUCGACGGUGGAGGCCUUGAGUCCUGUAGACGCCGAGGGACUUCCCUUCACAAGAGACAAACACUACGCCAUGCAUGGUGAGAUCUUGACUGUAGUUCUUGUCAUCAGCUUUGCCGUCUUCCUCUUGUUCCUCGUGUUGCUUCCUUGUCUUAAACGCCGUUACAGUCACCAGUCCGACCUGUCAGAAGAGGAGGCUUCCUCGAGUGGAAGACUCAAGCCUUUACCUGUUGUAAGCAAAUAAUAUAUUUCGGUAUAUAUAGCCACAGGCCAAACAACUAACAACUGCAUGUAUUGAGUGUCUUAUUACAAAUUGCAGAACGUCUGUAAAGUCGUCAUAUUUCUCACUAUUGGAUAGAACAUUACAACAUUGUACCUAGCUGCAAUUGCAGCUGAAAAAUAAGAUCCAUGGACAACAACAAUAUGAGAUUUUUCA